CGGCCAAAAGGGCAUAUAAGGAAGUCCCGUCCGGGCCUCAACCAUUAUCGUCGCCGACUUCAGCAAACGGUGUGGGAAGGAAGAGCUGUAAAUAAACACUGGCCCGGCGAGGAAGGGCGGCUAAGCGGGACAAGACGGGUCGGAGACGUCAUUAGGAGAAACGAAUAGGCUGCGCAACAAAAAUUUUGAUCGUGGCCGACUGACUUGUUUCCCUCGGGACUAUCACAUAAUCUGAUGCAGUUCUCUCCUGGAUAUGGAUCACAUCCUCAAAACUAUAAAGCUCCCUCAGGAAACUUCUCACAAGUGCCCAGUACAGCGAUUCCUUCACAGCUGGAAAACUAUUAUGGUGCAGAAUAUUAUUCUCCCCAAUGUUCUGUACCAGCACAAAAUCCUAAUGUCUCUUCUGUGACACCGAAGAUGUUAAAUUCACAGGGAUCACAACACUUGUACAAUAGAGCACCUCAUAAUGCAGAACCACCAGGACUUUUCCAAGGAACAGUACCUCCUGCAUCCCAGUUGCAUACCAGCAUUUCACAGUCAUAUUCUUCAUUUACUGGUCCCUACAACAAUUCUGUCUUGCAUUCUGCUAGCUCUUCUGUUCCAUCUCAGGGAUUUGUUGCUUCCUCUAGUCAUUAUUCCAUGCCUCCUGUGUCUAGUGCUGCAUAUCCUAAUAUUGUAUAUCCUCCCAUGUCCACUGACAAUCCAUAUGGGCAAAUACCUAGUACCCAGCCUGUGAUGGCACAUGGCCAUUUGAAUGCAGCAGGUGCUUAUUCUAAUCAAAUUAGAGCCCCACCUAUAGGACAACCCAGAGUUCCUUUGGGCUACACUUCAGCAUCAUGGAGUGCUCCAGAGCUCCAGUUGGCUCAGGGGAAUCAUGGCAGCUUUAUAGGAUCUCUUCCUGAAGCAAACAACACAAAGAGUACAGGGUCACCACAUUAUGUAAAUCAGAAUAUCCAGUCAGUAAAACCUAACCAAGGAGUGGCUUUAGCUGCAGCUUCUUCAGUUAAAACAUCUAUUGCAGAGAAGACAGGAAAGCCUAUCAGUUCAUCUUGUCUUACACAGUCAUCAGAUUCUUUUCUUCAUGAAGGCAUGCAGUAUGGUGGAUAUGUUAAUAAUCAAGCUAGCUCUUCAGCAGCUCCCUUGUCAUCAAGUUCAGAUGAUGAGGAAGAGGAGGAUGAGGAUGAGGAAGCAGCUAUUGACAGCUCUUCUACUACUAGCAGCGCAUCUCCUGUUCUCAACAAUUAUGACACUCUUGAAGGCGAUGGCUAUCCAGAAACAUGCUCUGCAGCAAGUAGCCCACCUCCUAUUUCCUCUGUUCCUCAGAUGUCUAAAGUCUCCAAGUCAUUUGGUUGUGGGUAUCCUCCCCUUCAGCCAGGAUACCAGAAUGUGACACCAUCUUUGCCAUCUCCUGCCAUGCAACCAAGUAACUCUGGAUAUAAUUCUGGAUUUUCGCAGUAUCCACAGGUAUAUCCUACCAUGAAUCAACUAUCAGCUAGUUUGGGAGGACUUGGAAUACAGCAGCCAGAAAGUCUGAGACCAUUGAAUCUUAUUCAAGAAAGAAAUAUUCUACCUAUUGCUCCAGUUUCACCUCCUUUGCCUAAUCUGAACUCUGAUCUGAAAAAAUUGAACUGCAGCCCAGACUCGUUUCGAUGCACUUUGACAAAUAUUCCUCAGACUCAGGCACUUUUAAACAAAGCAAAACUUCCCUUGGGGUUGCUUCUACAUCCUUUCAGAGAUCUAACGCACUUGCCUGUGAUAACAUCAAGCACCAUUGUGAGGUGUAGAUCAUGCAGAACCUACAUCAAUCCUUUUGUGUCUUUUAUUGACCAAAGGCGAUGGAAAUGUAAUCUAUGCUACAGAGUUAAUGAUGUUCCUGAAGAAUUUAUGUACAAUCCUCUGACAAGAUCUUAUGGAGAGCCUCAUAAGCGUCCAGAGGUCCAAAAUUCUACUGUGGAGUUCAUUGCUUCUUCAGACUACAUGCUUCGUCCCCCUCAACCUGCAGUAUAUUUAUUCGUGUUUGAUGUGUCCCAUAAUGCAGUAGAAGCUGGAUACUUAGAAGUUGUGUGUCAGUCUUUGCUGGAAAACUUAGACAAGUUGCCUGGAGAUACAAGAACAAAAAUUGGCUUCAUAACAUUUGAUAGCACUGUUCAGUUCUACAAUUUGCAGGAAGGAUUAUCACAGCCUCAGAUGCUCAUUGUUUCAGAAAUUGAUGAUGUUUUCCUGCCUAUGCCUGAUAGUCUACUUGUCAAUCUGCAUGAAAGUAAAGAGCUAAUUAAAGACUUACUGAAUGCGCUACCAAAUAUGUUUACCUACACAAGAGAAACACACAGUGCAUUAGGCCCAGCUCUUCAAGCUGCCUUUAAACUGAUGUCUCCAACUGGUGGGCGUGUGUCUGUGUUUCAGACACAGUUACCUUCUGUGGGCACAGGAUACCUACACUCCCGGGAAGAUCCUAAUCAAAGGUCAAGCACCAAGGUUGUUCAACAUCUUGGACCUGCAACAGAUUUUUAUAAAAAGUUGGCACUUGAUUGUUCAGGACAGCAGACAGCUGUGGAUUUGUUCCUCUUAAGUUCACAGUAUUCUGAUUUAGCUUCUCUCGCUUGCAUGUCCAAAUAUUCUGCUGGAUGUGUCUAUUAUUACCCAUCUUUCCAUCAUAUCCACAACCCUGUUCAAAGAGAAAAACUGCAAAAAGAUCUUAAAAGAUACUUUACACGAAAGAUUGGAUUUGAAGCUGUAAUGAGAAUAAGAUGUACAAAAGGGCUUUCCAUUCAUACUUUUCACGGUAACUUUUUUGUGCGAUCUACUGAUUUGUUGUCACUUGCAAACGUAAAUCCUGAUGCUGGAUUUGCUGUGCAGAUGUCCAUUGAAGAAAAUCUCACAGAUACAUCACUAGUUUGUUUUCAAACAGCGCUUUUGUAUACUUCCAGCAAAGGUGAACGGAGAAUUAGGGUGCAUACACUUUGUUUGCCUGUAGUGACUUCCUUGAUGGAUGUUUAUGCUGGAGCAGAUGUGCAAGCAGUUAUAUGCCUCCUAGCUAAUAUGGCUGUGGAUCGAUCUGUUUCAUCAAGUUUGUCAGACGCUAGAGAUGCUUUAGUCAAUGCGGUCGUAGAUUCGCUGUCUGCAUAUAUGUCAACAGCAUCAAACCUCCAACAAACUUCUUUGAUUGCUCCAUAUUCUCUCAGGCUGUUCCCUCUGUAUAUUUUGGCUCUUUUUAAACAGAAAGCUUUUAGAACGGGCACAAGUACACGUCUGGAUGAUCGCAUAUAUGCUAUGUGCCAAAUAAAAAGUCAGCCUCUGGUUCAUUUGAUGAAGAUAAUCUAUCCCAGUUUAUAUAGGAUAGACAAGCUUACUGAUGAGGGUGCAAUACAUGUCAAUGACAGAGUUGUACCCCAGCCCCCUCUUCAGCGAUUGUCUGCUGAGAAGUUGACACGAGAAGGAGCUUAUCUUAUGGAUUGUGGCUUGAUCCUCUAUAUUUGGCUUGGAAAAAGUUGUGAUAAUAACUUCAUUAAAGAUGUUCUUGGAUAUCCAAAUUACUUGUCAGUACCUCAAAAACUGACACAGCUUCCAGAAUUAGAUAAUAUUUCUUCAGAGCGAACCAGGUCCUUUAUAACUUGGCUGAAGGAUAGUAAAUCUUUGAACCCAGUACUUCAAGUAAUUAAGGAUGAAAGCCCAGCGAAGACAGACUUUCUUCAGCAGUUAAUUGAAGACAAGACAGAGGCUGCAUUUUCUUACUAUGAAUUUUUGCUUCACAUUCAACAACAAAUUUGUAAGUGAGAGGAAACAAAGAGAAGUGGGGGGAAAUCCCUGUAUGGACUUUUUAUCCAAAUGUCACCUGUCAGCGAAGCACACUGGAAGUGAUUAAAACCAAGUAUAGAUUCUUUAGUAUCCAUACACAAAGACUUUCAGUUGUGAAAGGACAAAAUACCCAUUGCUAGGUGAAUUUUACAAUUCUGCUUUGUUAAAAAAAUGAUGGACAUGACACAAUAGUAGUAAUAUGUUUUCAGUUGGUUUUAAAUGCAUUUCCAGUAGUGCAACACUAUGGUGUUUCUUCUUAUUUCAAGCUGGUGGUCAUAUGUGGCAGUGUGGAAUAGUAUUUAUUAAUGAAAUCUAAAAUCAGAGAGUCUCUUUCUCAGCAUCUCAACAUUUAACAACCUUUCCAGAUGAUUUCCAGCAGAGAUGCCAAAAGGCAAAGCUCCAUGUUGUUUAUAUCAAUUUGUAAAAGAGAUAAUUCACUUUUGAAAGCUUAUCCAUUUUCUCUGUGAAGAAUAUAUACAAUUUUAAUACAACUUACAAAAUUGUAGAAAUAUGUAUAAUGUACAGAAGUGUUAACAUUUGUAAAAAAUUUUUUUUUAAGGAGUAUGAAUUGCUUGAUGGCUGUGGUUCUGGUAGGUCAGUUACAAACCACUUAUCUCGGUUAAAUAAUAAGAGUUGGCUAGUGCAUAUUAAAACGGAUCUGAAUCCACAUAGGAAAAUACAACUUUGUAACUCAUUUAAUUGGUCCUUUUAUGUGGAUUUAUUUAUGAUCAGCUAAUUAAAAGUAUUUGCUCGAUCAUGUGUUUUUAUCUCUAUGUGAUUACUGCAUUUUAAACACCAAUACCAAAUUUGUCUUGCUGUAUUAAAGAAUGUUUAUUAUUUUAUAGGCCUCCUGAAAAGAGGCUAGUAGGAAUCUUGAAUUCAGGUUGGGAUUUUGAUUAGAGAUAUAUUGGCUUGUGACACUAACUAGUGGCAACUAGUGUCUUUUAGCCUUAGAUUACUUUAGGUAUUUUUGCAACAUUUUAAGGUCCUGGAUUCUUUGUUUUCUCAUCCCAUCACCAUAGGAUGUUAAAGAAAAACCCAAUUGAACUUAAAAAUGGAUGUUUCUCCAGCAGGUGAUCCAAAUAUUUGCCCCCAUUUUUCUUUUCUUUUUUAAAGUUAAAACUUCUGUGCACAUAAAGUCUAAAUAGGGCUAUUGAUUACACAUUUGCAUUUUAUUUCGUAAAAAUAAGUAGAGCUAUAGAAUGAAAUUUUAUUUUUAAAAUGACUUUUUUAAAAAACAGAUAACAAGCACUAAUAUAUUCUGAGAAAUAUCUAUGUCCCAGUAUGUUUCUUCUUGUAACAAUGUGCUUAUACAACAAAGUUAUUCAAUUACUUUUCAAUUUUAGUUUUAUGAAUACUCAGUCCGGACACUCCAUUUUCAGUAACUUUUACUAAAGCAUGCCAAAGGAUUUCUCAGAAAACAAAUCAACUGCUUUUUCUAUUUGUGGCAUAUUUUAGAUAUCUAUCAAAGUAUGUUGCAUCAGAAUAAGAAGUAUACACCUAAUACUUACAACUUAAAUAAUUAAUGUUUUAAAGAGAUAUAAUGCCUCAAAUAUUUUGGUAAAUACAUUGACUGAAAAUGUAUGUUAUAUGGAACCAUAAAUGUGUCAGAUGCAUUAAGUGUGAUUUUAACAAUUAUUUUUUUGAAAAAAAUUCUUGUGGAACUUAGUACUGAAUAUUCAGAAACAUCCAAAGCCAUGAUGUAUGGUAGAUGAAUCUGUAAAACAAUACUUAAAGUUUUAUUCUUCUAUAUUUUAUAUAUAAAAAUUGUCAUGAAAAGUACACUUGAGCAGUAUUUUGCUUUGGGUAAGAUGUUUGAUGCCUCUUAGAUGGAAAAUAUUUAGCACUUGUAAUCCUUCCUCAUAGUUCAGUAUAACCAAAAACAUAAAGAUGGGCGAGUUCAGGUAAGUGCUACAUACAGUUACUAGCUGAAAUUCAGCAUCAUAAAUUGUAAGAGUUUUUGCAAAUAAAGGUCAUUCAAUACCUUGUGAUUAAACAUUAAAAAAGAGAAAA